CGACUUGUCAACACAAGAACAACUAUUUUCUACCAAGUGGACGAUAACAUGUAACCUCCUAUCUAUGCUUUUCGUUUGGUUGUAUUUUGACUUGGAGAGAACAAGGAGAAAAGAAGAAUAUAUUGUUGCAAUUUUUUGCAAGGAUUAUCUUAAGAAGAAUAACUGUUCCAAACAAUCACUUCUCAAUCUUUGACUGACCGGCAGAGGAAGGCAAAGAUCAGUUUCUUUUCCGUGUCAAACUCUUUCCCUAACGGCUUUGGCUAACUCAAUUGACCAGUAGACGACAACACAUCUCGUCGAAAAUUAACAUCGCACAUCUCGCCGCCGGCGCCGGCCAUUAAACGCCGCCGUAACGAGGCUACUUGCGCAAUUCACCGACUCCGCCACUUCAUUGGAGGAAAAAAGGGGGAAAAAUAAUGUAUUUCUUUCCUUUCUGUAUCCUACUCUCCUUUUUAGUCCUUUCUCCUCUGUCGCUGGCCAUCUGAUGAAGGUCAAAUUGUCCCAAGUGUGAAAACUGAAAUUAGAGAAAACCAAAAAAGACUCCUUCUUUCCUUCCUAUUUCUUAACCUCCUUCUUCUUCCCAUUCCCUGCUUUCUCCAACUCGACGGAUAUUACUCAAAGAUUCUUCUGUUCUUCUUCUUCUUUCAGCAGUUUCUGGGCUGAACCCUGAGAGAAAGGGGCAAGUUUUCGUACCCGAAUCCCAAAGUUUCCACCUUUCGGAUUCUGAUUCUCGUUUCCAUAGCCCUCUCCCCUCUUCUGUUUCUACAUCGUGAAGCUUUGCUGCUUUGUUCAUGUCGAAUCUUACUGUAAGUUUGGUUUUGUUCCUUCUACUCGUCGAUAAGAUCAGUUACGUAGACUAAGCUGUGUGUAUGUUGCAUUGAUUAGCGGACUUUCUUAUGUUAAAGUUCCUUCAUUUAUGGGUGAAAAGGUCGGAUUGAGAAUUGGGGUUUAUGUUGGUAAUUUUGGUGGGAAGUCUGAAGAGUGGCUACGAAAUUUUGAACUUUGUCCUGGGGAUUUGAAGGAUAAUUUCAACUCUGUGGAGGAUUUCCAUGAUGUUUAGUGGCUAUAGAUGUAAGUUUUGAGCCUUGGUUUGGUAACUUCAUGAAAUUUUGGAGGGUCAACGAUGAAUAUUUGCAGGUAAUGGUGAUGCUGCAAUAGAGAUCCGAUGUCAUCAAGUUUGGAAUUUGGCAGGUUCUGUAUGUUGGUUGGUUCUGGGGUUCUUUUACCUUGGGGGUUUGUUUGGAUUACCAUUUCCAUAUGUCAUGUAGUUUUGAAGGUCGAUUAUGCAAUUGAUUCCUCAAUUUCACUCCAGUACUAUGGGCAUUUGGAUUGGUAUUCAAGUUGUUGCUGUUUAAAUGCUUUGAAGUGAUAGUAGAAAUGGUAGUAUGAACAACUGAAUAGCUUUCAUGUGCCAGAAUUGGGACAUUGCGAGGUGUAGUUGAUCAUUUUGUUCGGAAGCUUAAUGAAAAUCUCCAUGCUAACUUUCAGGUGAUGUGUUCAGUUGCUUAAGAUGUAUGAUUGUGGUUUAAAGACCCAGUACCUGCCUGGCCAAAGAGACAAAUUUGUUAGACUGGAUGAUUUGGACUCAAGAGUAUCAUCCUCGCCCUCCGAGGCAGGGCUGAGAAGAUGUGGAUUUGGCAUUGAUGCGCUAAACUGUGCUGGUCAAGCACCUGAUACACCAUCCAGAUCUUUUAAGAAUGGAAUCAAAAGGGGAUCAGAAGGACUCAAAUCCAUUGGCCGUUCACUUAGAUUCGGAGUGUCUCGUGGUGUCUUCCCUGAGGAUCUUAAAUCAUCGGAGAAGAAGAUAUUCGAUCCUCAAGACAAGUUCCUCUUGUUGUGCAACAAGCUCUUUGUGGUAUCUUGCAUUUUGGCUGCAUUUGUAGACCCACUCUUCUUUUACCUCCCGGUUUUCAGUGAUGCUGGGUUCUGCCUUGGGAUCGAUCGGAAAUUAGCUCAUACAGUGUCAACACUAAGGACAAUUGUUGAUGCUUUCUACCUUGCUCGAAUGGCUCUCCAGUUCAGGACGGCUUACAUUGCACCUUCUUCUCGUGUGUUUGGCCGCGGUGAGCUGGUGAUCGAUCCCACACAGAUAGCUAAGCGAUACAUGCAACAUUACUUCUGGAUCGAUUUCCUUGCCAUCUUUCCCCUUCCACAGAUUGUGGUCUGGAAGUUUCUUCAGAGGUCCCGUGGCUCUGAUGUCCUAACAACGAAAAGAGCCAUCCUAGCCAUCAUUUUGCUCCAAUACAUUCCUAGAUUCCUCCGGUUCCUACCUUUAACAUCGGAACUCAAAAGAACAGCAGGUGUCUUUGCAGAAACUGCGUGGGCGGGUGCUGCUUGUUACCUGCUCCUAUACAUGCUUGCAAGUCAUGUAGUUGGUGCAUUGUGGUACUUGCUAGCCAUAGAGAGGAAAGACGCAUGCUGGCAGAAGUUCUGUACCCCAGAAGUAAAAUGCCAGACCAAUUUUUUGUACUGUGGGAACCAGUUCAUGACAGGGUUUGCUGAUUGGAUUCCCUUGAGGAACAACACUCUUGAGUCAAAUUGUGUGACGAAAGAGGAGGGACCGUUCGAUUAUGGGAUCUUCUUGAAUGCUUUGUCGUCCGGGGUUGCCUCCUCCAAGGAGUUCGUUGCUAAGUAUUGCUAUUGCUUGUGGUGGGGACUUCAGAAUCUUAGUACACUUGGUCAGGGGCUUCAAACCAGCACAUACCCUGGAGAGGUUAUCUUCUCCAUUGCACUUGCGAUAUUUGGACUCAUCCUCUUCGCACUUCUCAUUGGCAACAUGCAGACCUAUCUCCAGUCGCUUACGAUACGUUUGGAAGAGAUGAGGGUGAAAAGGCGCGACUCAGAACAAUGGAUGCGCCAUCGCUUGCUCCCAACCGAACUCAGAGAAAGGGUUAGGAGAUAUGACCAGUACAAAUGGUUGGCAACUCGUGGAGUUGAUGAAGAGAUUCUGGUUCAGAGCCUGCCUAAGGAUCUUAGAAGAGACAUCAAACGCCAUCUUUGUUUGGCAUUAGUCCGACGGGUUCCUCUGUUUGAUAACAUGGACGAGAGGCUGCUUGAUGCCAUAUGCGAGCGGCUGAAACCUUGCCUGUUCACCGAAUCAACCUACAUCGUCCGAGAAGGUGAUCCAGUCGAUGAGAUGCUCUUCAUCAUUCGAGGGCGCCUUGAGAGUGUAACAACAGAUGGUGGCAGGAGCGGUUUCUUCAACCGUGGCUUCCUCAAAGAAGGUGAUUUCUGUGGCGAGGAGCUCUUAACCUGGGCCCUCGAUCCCAAAUCAGGCGGUAACUUACCAACCUCAACCCGAACCGUGAGGGCCAUAACUGAAGUCGAGGCCUUUGCCCUGACUGCUGACGAAUUGAAGUUCGUAGCUAGUCAGUUCAGACGCCUCCAUAGUAGGCAGGUGCAACACACAUUCAGGUUCUACUCGCAGCAGUGGAGGACUUGGGCCGCGUGCUUCAUCCAGGCAGCCUGGCGACGUUACCUAAAGAGGAAGAACAUGGAGCAGCAGCGUCGGAAGGAGGAAGAGGAAGAAGCAGCACAGAGCACGAGUGGCAGCGGCGGAGGAGGCUCGUUCAGCAUAGGCGCCACGUUCUUGGCCUCAAGGUUUGCCGCAAAUGCUCUUCGUGGGGUCCAUCGGAACAGGAAUGCCAAGACGGCGAGAGAGUUGGUGACACUGCAGAAGCCUCCUGAGCCUGAUUUCACUGCUGAUGAUGCAGAUUGAUUCAUCGAUAUAAAAACCCGUAAAUUCGACUACUCCUAAGUCAUUAUCAUUAUUAUUCUAAUUGCUGUUAACUCUAUGCUUUUUCUUGCCCUAAGACACUGUAUAUCAUUUUUGCAUGAAACCAGCUUGGUUUGUAAGGCUUGCUAAUGCUAUUUCCCACCCUUCCCUCACACCUUACCUAUAGUUCUUACUUUGUAGGUGAAAGACAAAACAUCAUAGUAACCCACCUUAAUUUUAGAAAUGAUUGUAUGAUUGUUACAAAGUUUGUUGACUCUAGAGUCUAGACUCACAUUUCAUUCAAUGCUUGUGUUGCUCUCCAUCUCUAGCCAUACAGUUUUCCUACUUCAUUCCUUCUUUGCUCUACGAAACUCGAACCGAAAGGGAGCUCCGAUUUCACUAGAUUAACCUGUUUGUCCUGCUUCGUCCUUGUAUGCAUCUAGAACUGUCUUCCACUGUUCAUUUCCGUGGCAGGUCCCUCUUGCGAAGAAGGUACUAUCAUCUGCAAAUAUCUGGUAUGAAAUAGUGGGGCUGGUUGGUGGUUAAACCUUUAUACUCUUGAGAAUUUCCUUCUGCCAUUGACUGGAUAGUUAACCCCUGUCGUAAGCAUCGUUUCGUACAAAAGAUCUUCGAUUUGUGGCAAUGAAACCGUAGUACAUAU